UACAGACAAGAUGGCCGCGCAAUAACAUGACAUUUCGGUGUUUAAGGAAGUGAUUUCAAGGUUUUCCGACAAGAACAUUUCAUAAUAGUGAUCAUGAUAUGUGGAUCCAUAAUUGGCUAGAGUGAUCUAUUUCAUCAUGUGAGAACUACGACCCGGCCAUAUUUCGUACUGAAGAGAAUUAUGUCAGUACAUCCUGUCGAAAUGGUAGAAAACAUUCAGUCGGAGGUUGGUGGGACCAAGUGCACUUGUGCCGGGUGUGGUCAGGGUAGAGAUUGCGAGAAACGGAAGAUGGAGAAGCAGCCAGCCCGCAGAGGAAGCAGGAGGCCAUCUAAUGCUAAGAUGCAGGAAAUAUUCAAAGAAUGCAAGAUGGGAGAAAUCUACGAUACUUACAUCACCCGGAUGUACCAAGCUCCAAGCAUCGCACUCAUGUCUCUCCUUCUUGUGUAUGGUAUAACAUUGACCAUACUCUUUAAUGUGUCUGGAGAGAGUGUCACCGAGAAGUUAAAGAUCAAUAUCGUGCUUGCCGUGUCAGUCUGCUUGGCCAUCAUUGGUGUGAUAAUCGUGUCGAUCAGGAAGGUGUACGAGCGAUUCCACAAGGUCAUCACGGGGCUGGUGUGGCUGAUCAUGAUCGGGACUGUCUACCUCUACACAGGCUUCUUCCCCAGGACCAGUCACACUUCGCUUGAUGAUGUUCCGAUGGUGGCAUACACCAUCUUCGUCACUCACACAAUGCUGCCUCUGAGGAAGAGGUAUGCACUGAUAGUUGGUAUUUUCACGGGAGCAGUCGGCAUCCUUGCCUCUGUGGUGAUAGGCAUGGUCCGCGAUCAUCAACCAACCGUUGCUAGGCAGGUCAUUGCUGACAUUGUCAUAUACACAUGCGUGAAUGUUGUGGGGGUGUACCAUAAACUGUUGACUGACACCGCACACCGAUACACUUUCCUGGAGACGAGGAAUUAUAUAAAAUCACGGGCAAGCUUUGGCGAGCAGUGGAGGAGACAGAACGACCUGAAAUCCAUGUUACUAAGGAAAGUGAUGCCUGGGUAUCUGGUGGAUUCCAUACAAGGGCACAUCAAAGAAGAGGUUGAUGACAGCGACGCCAUCUUGGAUACUAGACCUAAGCAGUUCCACGAUCUUUUUAUCAAGUCUUGCCAAAACGUCAGCAUUUUGUACGCUGACAUCGUCAAAUUUACUCCCCUGACGGCAAGUUUGACACCCAUGGAGCUUGUGCAUGCACUGAAUCAGCUGUUUGGAGAGUUCGACCAACUAGCUGAGCGUCACGAUUGCUACCGCAUCAAGAUCCUCGGUGACUGUUACUAUUGUGUAUCCGGGCUGCCCGAACCAACAACAGAUCAUGCCAAGAACUGCGUGCGCAUGGGCAAACAGAUGAUAGGUGUUAUUAGGCAAAUCAGGAACAAGUCGGGCAUUGAGUCGCUGGACAUGCGCAUUGGCAUUCACACAGGAAAUGUCCUGUCUGGAAUUCUGGGUCACAGGAAGAUGCAGUAUGAUAUCUGGUCGAACGCUGUGACGAUCGCAAAUCACAUGGAGUCGUCAGGAUUACCAGGGAAGGUUCACGUUACUCAAUCGACAGUGGAUAACCUGGAUGGCGAAUUUCCCCUAGAACCAGGACAUGGGGCCGAAAGAGAUGAACUUCUGCGGCAGGAGAACAUCGUCAGCUAUCUUAUUACUCCUUCUCCGGAGGAACUCGGGGAGCAUGGCGUCGAUGCCGAGUCUGCGGCAGCUGACGAAGAGACUGGGGAGACUACAACAAUCAAUGGGUCAAGCCCACAGCGGAGCGGCGUGGUGGAUGCAGUCAAGUUAACCCGGAGAGAGUCCGUGGCCAUGGUCGGAGCGGUCAAUAGGUUUGACAGGGACAACAGGGUUUUUGAUAGUUUGACAGAAUAUCUGCUACAAAAAGAUAUACCGACACAUCUGGGUAUUAACCAGCGUCUUCAAGAUGUGUUUGACAUUGGGAGCAAGGAGAUGAGGGAAAUAAAGCAAACUGCCUCGAAGGAGAUCAACGGGUUGACCCUCGCCUUCCGCCAGACGUACAUGGAGCUCGACUACGUCAAGCAGAGGGACAUCAGACUGAAGAUAUCUGUCCUGGUGGCUUUCUUUGUCUUUCUCGGAGUCUUUGCCGUUCAGAUGCUACUUCUCAAAAGAAAUCUUGCCGUCUACGUGACCUUCGGCAGUGGUUGUCUUUUCUUCGCCCUUCUAGGAGGGACGCUGACAAUAUUGGACUACAAAGUGAUCCACUACCGGGAAUUCACCCCACCCUGGGUCUCCCACCCUGCAAGCACAGCUGGCUUCAGAUAUUUCGCCAUAUUCCUGGUGUUGGCUGCCAUAUUUACGCUCUCGAUCGUUACAGUGGGUAGCUGCGAAUACGCUGAUCUAAGCUCAGUGAAUAUCUCCCAGUUUAACAACGCGUUGAUGGAUAGGUUUGAAAGUGAUGGAGUAUGCGUCUAUCAAACGUACUUCCUCUACAACCUGUUGAUAUCAAUGAUUGCCUGCAGCAUUUUCAUUCGUCUGCUUUUCCCUCUCAAACUCUUCUUCCUGUUGGUGAUGAUCGGGGUAUUCUACGGAAUAUGUUUCGGACCGUACAGAUAUGUUUUUAAUUUGUUCGACAUACUCAUCAGCACAGAAGACCUACUACACUUGAAAGUUAGAGGACCCAUAUACACGUGCUUUCUCUUUGUGACGCUUUUUAUACUCAGCCGACAGAUCGAGUACGAUCUCCGGCUCAACUACCUCUGGAAGACAAAGAUAGCCGAGGAGGACAAGACUCUGAAACGAGCUGAAACCAUCAACACGAGAUUAUUAGAAAACAUCCUGCCGAAACACGUGGCAAAAUACUUUCUCAGACCGAACAGGGACCGAACGGAGGUCUAUCACAGCCAUUAUGAUCACGUGACCGUCAUGUUUGCCGCCAUUACUGGUUUCCUCUAUGAGGAAAACGAGGUUAAUGGGAUGGGAAUAGGAAGCAUUAGACUGCUGAACGAAAUACUCAUUUCUUUUGACAAGCUUCUUGACAAGAUCGAGUACAAAUCAAUAGAGAAGAUCAAAAGUAUAAACACGACCUAUAUGGCAGCAGCGGGCCUUGCCUCUGAGGAAGAUGAUACGGAUGGCUCCGCUGAGAAACAGGCAGACAGUGCUGCAUUGAGCAGACGAUAUGUGCGUCAGAUGGUGCGCUUUGCCUUCGAAAUGAUGGAAGUGUUGGAAGAAAGCAACAAGGACUCUUUCAAUGAUAACUGCGCCUUAAGAAUAGGUAUAAACCACGGCGAGGUGAUAGCUGGAGUGGUGGGUGCGCAGAAACCUCAGUACGAUAUCUGGGGAGACACGGUGAACAUCGCCAGUCGGAUGGAGAGCCAUGGCCAGAAAGGACGCAUACAGGUUUCAAAAGACACAAAAGUAUUACUUGCCCUCGAGGGCAUAUCUUGUGACACGCCUCGGGAGAUGUUCGUCAAAGGGAAGGGAGACAUGGUUCUGUAUUUCGUCACCCCUGAAGAACCGGGGCGGUCCAUUGAGGAAAAUCACGGUGUUGUCGGAAAUGGACAACCUAAAGUCGGAAUGCAAGCCACUGACAACGAACUUGUGAGUCCCGACUCACAAAAUCAUGAGCCAAGCGAAGUUGUUACGCAACUUUAGACAUUCUGCAGCUCAAGACUAGCGCUAUUCAAACCGGGAACUUGCAAUUUAUGCCGAAAUGAUGGACUGUGUGGCAAACGCUGUGAUUUUACAUGCAUAUUAAUAUAUCAUAAUUGAAAAGUGAUGAUUGAUUCGACAAAGUGCGGAUAUAGUUAAUGCAGACCUAUUGUAAACCUGUCAAAUACUCGAGGAUUUCACACAUGACAUCGAUUUACAAAGACAAAAUCAUGUAUAUUCCUAAUUGGAAAAACCGCUAAAAAUAUUGUGAUCUGCUUCGAACGAGUGUUCGAAUGCCGUGCGGUGUACGGUGUCUUUGCACGAUCGGCCUGACUUCAAUCGUGGCUCGUCUCAUGGUUUCCCACUGAGCGAUACAAUGAUCGAACGUGAUGUAUUAAAGAUGACUAGGCCAUGUACGUUUAGUAACAAUGUCAGUCCAAUGGGUUAUUGAAUUUUAAAACAGGCCCCAGACACCGACAGAGUAAUAUACUCUAGAUCAGUCUUGAGGUGACUCCACAUAAUUUGAUUCGUAGGAAUGCCACUUAAGCUAUUGGUUUGCUAAGCCUAGUAGUGUUCCAUAAUGUGCUACUCUCUUGGUGUUGAUCAGGGCGUAUAAUAAAGGUGGGGGUUUCAAGGCCGCCGGUUAAACUUCUCAAGUAUUCCCACUGAUCAGGCCCAAUCGAGUCAAAAUACAUGGUCAUCAUUGAAACCUAUGAUUUGUCGGAGAAAGGCCUAGAGAUGUUGACAAGAAACGUGUCUUGAACGAUUUUACAGUCAAAUAU